AUGUUGGACGUACUAGCCGAUGUACUGCAGCCGUACAAGGAGAUCGUAGGGACCAUCGCGGCCAUCGUAACGGUGGGCCAGAUGUUCUCCGGCUCCUUCAUCUGCUGGGACAUUUACAAGCAGGGCAACACCAGGGGCAUCGGGAUCAUGCCCUUCCUUGGAGGUGUCGUUAUGAGCGUCCUUAACUUGAAGUUCGGUUACAUACUUCGCGACGACAAGAUGAUCCAAGUGAACUUGUUUGGUUUGGCCUUGAAUAUCAUCUAUUGCUUGGUUUACUUCAAUUAUACUCAAGACAAGAUGAAGGUUUGGGCUCAGAUUGGUCUCGCAGGCGCCUUCUCUGCCGCCCUCAUCGCAUACGCACAAAUGGAAGACCCUAAGUUGGUUGAGAACAGAUUUGGAACAAUCAUCACUGCGUUCAUGUUCUACCUGAUCGCCUCACCGUUGUUCGGAUUGAGAGACAUAAUCAAGAACAAGAGCACGGAGGGCAUGCCGUUCCCCAUCAUCCUGUCGGGGUCCAUCGUCACCUUCAUGUGGCUGCUGUACGGCAUCAUACUCAGGAACAAGUUCCUACUUAUACAAAAUCUAGUCGCAGUAGUAUUGUGUGGAUCUCAACUGGCGUUGUUCGUGAUCUAUCCUUCGAAGCCGAAGCCAAGCAAAGAAAAGAAGCCUAAAGCAAAGAAAGCCGACUAA